GCACACACGUACGGAGCACCCCAGUCAGGCACAGUGUGUGCCGCACAGGCUUGGGGCAGCUCCAGCACAUCAGAUUCAAUACUUCCCGACCUGUUUGAAAGUUGGAAAGGAGAGAAGAUUCAGAAGCACCGCUGCUCAUUUCUGUUUUGGAUUCCCUGAUUCUGCUCAACGGCCGCCUCCUACUGAGAUCCCAGAGUCCGGAUGCAUCACAUUGUCAAAACCACUCAAACAUUCUGGAGAAUGCAGGACCUUGGCUACACACUUUCCGACUGACGGUCAGAUCUACGAAAGGAGCUGCACAGCGGCCCAAGAUUUAGGCUUGAGCAAGCUCCUACUCAAAGAGAGAUCCGUUUGCCUUACGACAUCGCCCCAUUGUUCUUUUAAGAGAUAGAGGGUGCAUAUUUACCAAGAAUUGUCUUUUCCUGGAGUCCAUGCAAACAUAAUCCAGACGCACCAAAAUCCUGUAGACUAAGUAAACAAGCUGUGCCCCUUUCUUUAGAUCCUGGUCAAUAGGUUGAUCAGAUCCUCACUUUGUACAUACAUUGAUCCUGAAAUAAUAAGGAACUUUUCAAAGCUCUCCACUUAGAAAUACCCAGAUUGAUCAAGGAGGCUGCAAUCAGUCCUGCUUUUGGUUCUGUACAGCCUAUUUGUCAAGCACAGAGAGGAUCUGGUGUUCAGCUGAGCAGACGAGCAGAAUAAGACUGGACAUCGGUCUGCCCUUGGUGUACAGUAUGGAUCAUGGCGCAAGAUGUCAGUGCUCUGCAUCUCUGUCUGGCAAGCUAGCGAUGCCCUCCAUUUCUCAGGUCCUGGGAGAAAAGACUGAGAAGCGGCGCCGCAAGAAGCUCAGAUCUGUGAUGCUGUCGCUUGCAAGUCCGCCUGUGCAAGCGAGCGGGGCGAAGAAUGCCAAGAAGGGCACUGGGAAAGUGGCGCCGGGGGAUGGCAGUGACGGAAUGACUGUCGCCUGGCUGUCAGCACUCGCUGGAGCGCUUGAGUUCCUCGCAGGCCACGAGUCUUCUGAGCUGGUUCCCGGAGGUCAGGCCCUGACCGCUCAGGAACUAGUAGCGGACCUUUCGCAGGCGGGGGCGGUGGACGCUAUGGGCCAACUGCUGAAGGCAGAGGCGCCGGCUGUCGCGUCUGGCGCAGCCCAGAUACUGACGUAUCUGUUCCACAUCAGGGAGAACCCAGUCAACUUUGCAGCAGGGGGCCACCUCGCCACUCUGGCCCAACUCUUGCACGUGGCCCCCCUGGUGAUUCGCAUCCAUGCCGCCUCCGCUCUCUCCAUUGCGGUGGCAGUUGCGUGGGAUAGUCCCGGACUCACCCUUUCGGCGCUCGUCCAAACCUUCUCUCAACCCCAGCUUAAGAAGAAGGCUGCUCUGGAGAACCCGGCAGUCCUAAGCCCCCGGACAGUUGGCCCUCAAAAGAGAGGGAAGAAGGAGAGUCUGCCAUCGCACGGCCCCCGCCCGAAAGUGCUUGCCGCCGAAGGUGGGGCAAAGAGAGAGGGGGGGAGCUUGAUUGAGGGACUGCUCAGGCUGGCGGAAACCUCGAUUGAGGGAGUGCACGAGGAGCUGGCAGGAGUGGACGCGCCAGCCACACUUGCAUUCCUGCGGCGCCAGUUUGGACCGGCUAUGGCGGAAGCUCCAUGCGAGUCCGCCGGCGUUCAGGCCUGCAUUCCUCUCUUCGCUCAGCUGGCGCGAUCCGUCGCCCUCGGCUGCUUGGCCCGCAUCCUUGGCGCCAGCUGUCAGAACCGAACCGCAAAGGCAGAGCUCCUGAGCCAGCACGGCGCGAAUCUCAUGCCGCUCCUCCUGCGAGCCGUGUCAAACGGCGCCAGAUUGGAAGGCAUUCGGGCAGCCGAGACCCCCACACAAACCCCCUAUAACCCAAGCCCCAAACCCACGACUCUGGCCGUUGUACAUACCCCCGAGGCCGGAGAAGCGGGGGCGAAAAAGUCGCCCAGACGGUUCUCGCUGUCGAGCAUGGCCUGCGGCUUCCUGCCGAACCUUCUAAGCAUCCCGGGCUCCAGCAAGGCCGCGGCCAGCAGCCCAAGCGCCUCAGGGAAGCCUAGAGAGUCUUACCCAGAGCUCACCCCCGCCGGAUUCGAGCUUGUAGAUAACAGCGCCAGCAAGGGGGGCAUUGACACCCCUGUACAUAACCCUGUAGAUACUGUACAUAUCUUACAGCCUGUAGAUAGUGUGAAUAGCCAGCUUCCAGUAAAGCUCCCGGCGAUUGUAACCGGGAGUCCAGCAAGUAGUGUCAACAUUACAAACCCCUCCCCCGUCGAAGAGACAGAGCUUCCGGAGACAGUGACGGCAGCGGCGCGCUGCCUCGCCUUCCUGGGCUACCGCCCGUUCCCGCUGUGGCAGGCGGCGGAGGCGCCCAGGGAGGAGGCGAGAGAACUAGAAGUGGACGACUUUGUGGUGGUGGACCUGGAGAAGGAGACCAAGGACGUCUGGGACCAGAUGCACGGCGAGGUCCCGAAUGCCCAAGGCCCCUACGGGGGUUCGGUCGGCGCCACUUUGGAGGGGGGCAUGCUGCCCCUCGCCAACGCUGCCCUCGCGGCGGUCGCCCAUGUACAGAAGCUGUAUGCCAGUGCUGAGGACACCCCCCCGGAGGCGCUUGCGGCUGCCGCGGCACAGGCCGCGCUACUGAUGGACGCAUGCGCCAACGUGGCGCAUGACCUGGCGGUGGCGGAACGCGUGGCGGCAGAGGGCCCCGUCGCCCGCAGCCUGACCUCCCUCCUCGAGACCCUCCACGGUCUCGCGGCUUCGCCCGCCUCCACAACGGGGCCUCCGUCCCUCCGCUCCGCCCUCUGCGAGACGGACCGCCUCGAGACCUUCCACCUGUGCACCGCCCAGAAGGGCACCCCUAAAACUUCCUCCAGCAAGAAGGUGCAGCCAGAGGAGGCCCUGGAAGCUCUAGACGUCUCCGCGGGGCCCGACGCGGUGCUGCCGAUGCCCCCCGCGAGCCGCAAGCCGGGCAUGACGUUCGGGUACUCUACGGAGAUCGCCCAUCACGCGCCGCCGGUGUAUGCGAGCCUGCUCAUUCUAGUUGCGAACCUGGCGCUAGCGACGACGGCCAGCCUGCUGCCCGGCUGCUUCGGAUCGGCGGUGUCGGCACAGAUCGAGGCCACCAAGCAGCGGGGGAACGAGGCCCUGAACAAGGGCGACCACGAGUAUGCGCGCUGGUGCUACAACCUCGCCCUUCGACUGGCGCACAGUGCGGCGUCCCAGGAUGCUCCGCCGUACCCCCAGCGCCACAUCCUGUGGUCCAACCGGGCGGAGGCCUGCCUGCGCGCCGGGCGCUUUGUGGAAGCGCUUCACGACGUAGACCAGGCGCUCGUGAUCGACCCGGGCCAUCUUAAGAGUAUUCUCAGGAGGGAGCGGGCAGUCAAAGCCCUCAGCGAAGGCGAACUAGGGAAGGAAAACAUCGGGGUGGCUGCAAAGUGAGGCUGAUAACGGGGCGCAGUGCGCUGGUGCAGGCUGCAUGAUUAUUUGGUAGUCAAAGAGGUAUACUGUAGGCCAUGGUGUGCUGUGAUGCUGCGGCCUCGUGCAUGAAGCAUGGAUGCACGACUGUUUGCAGGAAGGCCUGCCGGAUCCACUGACUGUUGCAGGACUCUAGUCCAAACUGUUUGUAAGUGUACAAGAAACAAGCUGAUCUUGGGCGUGACGUUCAAUUAUGUGGACCCAAAAUCUCCACACGACUAAGCAAUAUCUUUCAAAGUUUUUGCUUCAAUCUUGAGAAUCAGUG